CUCCCACUGGCGAGAGGUGCGCGCGCUCAGUUGGACGAUAGCGAUGCGUGCGACCGCCGCGAUCGUCAUUCUUGCCGCGUUCUCGCUACGCUCCUGCGCGCACGCAACGGACCCGUCGCGGCACCGUGACGUCACUGACGGAGUGCGGCGGCUCAUCAAAUGCGCUCGGACUCUCGGCCCUUCGACAUGCAUCGCAGCUCUUGCCAAUUGGCGCGCCGAAAACGCGAUAAACACCAAAGAAAAGAAUCCAACGUUCAGUUUAAAGGAAAUCCAGAAGUUUCCAUGGGAGCAGUACACCAACAGUACUGAAGAUGAACUGUAUUCGCGACUGUGCAGUGGGACGGAGAAACUACUCCAGUAUAAAGCCCUGAACUUCAACAUGGUUCCUGGCUAUGAAUUCCAGCUGGCGUCUCGAGGCAACGGUACUCUGAACAUCGACGUUUAUAAAAGCACUGAGAACGAAACCUCGCGUGGCAUGAAGAAGAUGCGAAAGAAAUUCUACGCGAUCAUACCCUACCUACUCUUGCCAGGCCUCAUCAUGUCGGCCGUCUUGCCCUUCGUGUUGCCAGCGCUAAAAAUGAUGACUGUCGCCGUGGGUAUGCUCAACAACAUGGCUUUGUCUGGUGCCAUUUUCACUUUACUAAGAAACAACGCGUUCAAUGACAAAUACGACAAGAAAGUUAUAUACGUCAACGAAGGAUACUCCAACGAAAAGGCAGCAACCAUCCAGGAUAAUAAACCAGAAGUAAAAAUCCGUUACGAGCCGGGUCAGAUUGAGAUCAUCCCCGGCCCAAUUGGCCCCCAUGAAUAUGAAGUUGUCGAAGAUUGGCCCACCAAUAACGAAUGGAUCAACCAAUUGUAUGCUAAUAAGUUCACCAAAGCUGCUAAGAAAGAUUUGUGGAGAGAAGGGGCACGGACAGAAGUAAGGGUGUAAGAAAUAAUGCCAGAAUCUCCGUGCAAGUGUUGCCACUAGUCUGUUAAACUUUAACUCGUACUGUUAUUUAUUUUUACUAUUUAUUUCUGUAAAUAUUUUACAUUAAACUAAGAUUUCUUAAGUUUUUACUUUAACUAACCAUCAUAAUUUCGAAAAGCUCGUCAUUGUCUUAUUUAUCUAUCUACCUACAACCUUCAUAGGUUUUCUCAUGAAAGACAAGCAUAUUUCAGUUAACUAAGAGUAGACCUUUUUUAGGUGGAAUUUAAAUUAUUGCUUAAAUAAUACAAGAAUCAUUAGUAAAGAUAUUCAUGUUGUCUAUAGUUAAUGAACUCAUUAUUAAAAUAAGUGACUAUGUAUUGCUAUGAUUUAUAAGGUCGUUUGUUCUGUGGUGUUGUUUUACCUAAAUUGAUGAUUAUUAUUUACCAUAUUACGAUAUAUUUAGCUUUAAUUUAAUGAAUUACGCGAUAUAAAUAGACAAGUAGGUACUGCUUUGGAAAUAUAAAUUAAUAUAGGCUUAAUUUAUCUUUAGUGUUAGACACAGUUCGUUGGAAUAAAUGAACAGCGGGAUUGAAUCUGAUCCUUCAAUGAGCCCAAAUGAGUAAAUGAUUUUGUAUUUAGACUG